AUGGAGAACAUUAACCAUGUCGGUCCCAACGCCACAGCCACGUGUCACAAUGCCACAGGUCUGGUUGCUCUUCAGGUGGAGGAAAGCGCAGACUCUUCGGUUCAACCUGUCUCCUUACACGCUUUGGCACUGCACCUCCUCCUAACCCUGCUCUACAUGCUCUACACAGCAUUGUGCCCCCUCCUGGGACUGCUCUGGUGGAUGGACGUGUCUCAAGCUCAAGUGAGGGCGUGGGUGCAGCGACAGGGCUCAGCUGUCAGGGAGUGGGUGCAGCGGCAGCGAUCAGCUUUGGGAGCGAAGCUGAUUAAGCUGAGGAGAGCAGCUGCGUCUCUCAUGACACUAGGAAUCUUCCCCCGAGUCCACGAUGCCAUUGAGCUGUGCACUUCGGGGAUGAGAAGCGUGAGUGAAGCUCUUUUUGUAAUUCUCAAGCCAAUGUUCGGAGCAGCCAUGCUGAGGCAAGCAUUGGAGAGGAGAAUAAGGUCUCUUGAUAUGCAGCUGGCAGCGGCAAGGAGAGAGGAGGCUGAGAGGGAAAGAGCCAUGGAAUGGAGUGAGCUGAGAAGGCUAUUGAAUGAAAUACGAGAUGGAGAGAAAGCAGUAUUUGCUGAGGUGGUGAGGGAGAGGGAGGAGCGGGAGAAGGUGAGAAUGGAGAUGCAUGAGUUGAGGGAGCGACUGGGAGAGGCAUUGGGUGGUGCUGCAUUGGCGAGUGUGUUGAGAGAGCGAUUGGGAGAGGCAAUGGGCAGUGGUGCAUUGGAGAGUUUGGUGAGAGAGCGACUGGGAAAGGCAAUUGGCGGUGGUGCAUUCGAAAGUGCGUUGAAAGAGUGUUUGGGAGAGGCAAUGGGCAGUGGUGCAUUGAAGGGAGAGGAGGAGAGGGAGGGAGGGGGAGAGAGGGUUGGACCAAGGGAAGGGGAGGAAGAAAAGGUAGUGGUAGAGGAAGGGGGGGGAGAGGAGGAGGGAAAGGAUGAGAGGAUGAAGGUGGAGUGGAGGGAGGGGAGGAGGGAAGAGAGGAAGAGGGUGGAGAGGAGGAGGGAGGAGAAGAGGGAGGAGAGGAGGCGAGAUGAGGAAUGGAGGGAGGAGGAGAGAAGAGAUGAGGAGAGAAGGACGGAGAGGAAGGAGAAGAGGAGGAUGGAGGAGAGGAGGAAGGAUGAAUGGAAGGAGGAAAGGAAAAGGGAUAGGAAGUGUGGAGGUAGGGGAAGCUGA